CUCCCCGAGCGCAGGACGCCGGCUGGCUGCGGUCCGCGCCGCCGCCGCUUCCUCCCGAGCGGGCUCGGCCCGGCCCGGCGCGGCAGGCGGCAGGCGGCCGGCGGCCGGGGCGAUGUGAGCCGGGGCCCGCGGGCGCGGUCGGGCCGCUGCGAUGUGGCUCAAGCCCGAGGAGGUGCUGCUGAAGAACGCCCUGAAGCUCUGGGUGACUCAGAAGAGCAGCUGCUACUUCAUCCUGCAGCGGCGCCGCGGGCACGGCGAGGGGGGCGGCCGCCUCACGGGUCGCCUGGUAGGUGCUCUGGAUGCAGUGCUGGAUUCCAAUGCACGGGUGGCUCCAUUUCGAAUUCUCCUUCAAGUGCCUGGGUCCCAGGUUUAUUCUCCCAUAGCAUGUGGUGAGUUACUGAGUGGAUCAGACGUUUACUGGGCCAUAGCCACUGGUGCAACAUUAGAGGAAAUAAACCAGCAUUGGGACUGGCUGGAGCAAAAUCUCCUUCAUACUUUGUCUGUCUUUGAUAAUAAAGAUGACAUUGCCAGCUUUGUCAAAGGGAAGGUAAAGGCUCUGAUCGCGGAGGAGACAAGCAGCAGGCUUGCCGAGCAGGAAGAAGAGCCCGAGAAGUUCCGAGAUGCUUUGGUGAAAUUCGAGGCCAGGUUCAACUUCCCGGAGGCGGAGAAGCUGGUCACCUAUUACUCCUGCUGCUGCUGGAAGGGCCGGGUUCCCCGCCAAGGCUGGCUGUACCUCAGCAUCAACCACCUCUGCUUCUACUCCUUCUUCCUGGGCAAGGAACUGAAACUCGUAGUCCCUUGGGUUGAUAUCCAGAAGUUAGAAAGAACAUCCAACGUCUUUCUGACGGAUACCAUCCGAAUCACCACGCAGAAUAAGGAGCGUGACUUCUCCAUGUUCCUGAACCUCGAUGAGGUGUUCAAGAUCAUGGAGCAGUUGGCCGAUGUGACGCUUCGAAGGCUGCUGGAUAAUGAGGUCUUCGACCUGGACCCAGGCCUGCAGGAGCCGAGCCAGAUCACCAAGAGGGACCUGGAAGCCAGAGCACAGAAUGAGUUCUUCCGGGCGUUCUUCAGGCUGCCGAGGCGAGAGAAGCUGCACGCCGUGCUGGACUGCUCGCUCUGGACGCCGUUCAGUCGCUGUCACACCGUGGGGCGGAUGUUCACUUCUGACCGUUACAUCUGCUUUGCCAGCAAGGAGGAUGGCUGCUGUAAUGUCAUCCUCCCACUCAGAGAGGUAGUGAGCAUUGAGAAGAUGGAGGACACAAGCUUGCUACCUAACCCCAUCAUUGUCAGCAUCAGGAGCAAGAUGGCUUUCCAGUUCAUCGAGCUGAAGGACAGAGAUAACUUGGUGGAGAGCCUGCUCAUGAGGCUGAAGCAGGUGCAUGCCAACCACCCCGUGCAUUAUGACACCUCACGAGACGAAGACAUGACUUCACCUGUGUUUCAUUCAACAAGCCUGUGCAGUGACCACAAGUUUGGGGAUCUCGAAAUGGUGUCCUCUCAAAAUAGUGAGGAAAGUGAAAAAGAGAAGAGCCCGCAGCUCCACCCGGAGGCCCUGAUACCUGUCCUCCAGCAGUCGGGCAGCCAGAGUCCUGACUCGAGAAUGUCCAGGGAACAGAUAAAAAUAAGCCUGUGGAACGACCACUUUGUGGAAUAUGGCAGGACUGUGUGUAUGUUCCGCACAGAGAAGAUCCGGAAGCUUGUAGCAAUGGGCAUUCCUGAAUCUUUACGUGGCAAACUCUGGCUGCUUUUCUCAGAUGCCGUCACCGAUCUCGCCUCGCAUCCCGGUUACUAUGGUAAUCUGGUGGAGGAGUCCAUGGGAAAAUGUUGCCUGGUGACCGAGGAGAUAGAACGGGAUCUGCACCGUUCCUUACCGGAGCACCCCGCUUUCCAAAAUGAAACAGGAAUUGCUGCUUUGAGGAGAGUCCUGACGGCCUAUGCCCACCGGAACCCCAAGAUUGGGUACUGCCAGUCCAUGAACAUCCUGACGUCUGUUUUGCUGCUGUACGCCAAGGAGGAGGAGGCCUUCUGGUUGCUCGUCGCUGUGUGUGAGAGGAUGCUCCCAGACUAUUUCAACCACCGAGUCAUUGGGGCCCAGGUGGACCAGUCGGUCUUUGAGGAGCUCAUCAAGGAGCACCUCCCCGAGCUGGCGGAGCACAUGAACGACCUCUCAGCCCUCGCGUCCAUCUCUCUCUCCUGGUUCCUGACUCUGUUCCUCAGCAUUAUGCCUCUGGAGAGCGCGGUGAGCGUUGUGGAUUGCUUCUUCUACGAUGGAAUCAAAGCCAUUUUCCAGCUAGGGCUGGCCGUGCUGGAAGCCAAUGCCCAGGGCCUGUGCAGCAGCAAGGACGAUGGCCAGGCCCUCAUGGUCCUGAGCAGGUUUCUAGAUCACAUUAAGAAUGAAGACAGCCCCGGACCCCCAGUUGGCAGCCAUCAUGCCUUCUUCUCUGAUGACCAGGAGCCCUACCCUGUGACUGACAUUGCCGACCUGAUCCGGGACUCCUAUGAGAAGUUUGGAGACCAGUCUGUGGAACAGAUUGAGCACCUACGCUGUAAGCACAGGAUCAGGGUUCUCCAGGGCCACGAAGACACCACAAAGCAGAACGUGCUCCGCGUUGUUAUUCCGGAAGUCUCCAUCCUUCCUGACGACCUGGAGGAACUCUAUGACCUGUUCAAGAGAGAACACAUGAUGAGCUGUUACUGGGAGCAGCCCAGGCCCAUGGCCCCACGCCAUGACCCCAGCAGGCCCUACGCGGAGCAGUACCGCAUAGACGCCCGGCAGUUUGCACACUUAUUUCAGCUUGUCUCACCGUGGACAUGUGGGGCCCACACAGAGAUCCUGGCUGAAAGGACUUUCAGGCUCCUGGAUGACAACAUGGACCACCUGAUUGAAUUCAAAUCAUUUGUGAGCUGUCUCGAUGUGAUGUAUAAUGGAGAAAUGAAUGAGAAAAUCAAACUGUUAUACAGACUUCAUAUCCCUCCAGCUGUUUCGUAUGAUUAUACUAAGAAACAAUACUGAAGAUACACGCUAUCAUCUCCUGCUUUUGAGAAUGUGCCAAACAUGUCAAAAUAUCUACUAGAAUCCAAGAAACUAAAGGAUGCCUACGUUGCUUUAAGGACCAGAUUUAUUAAUGGAAAUGGUUCCAAUGGAUACAUGAAUAAGGUUCACCAAGUGCAUUGGGAACGAAUGAACCAAAUGAUGAAUAUGAUGAAUCUAGCCAAGAUCAAGUACUUCUCUCAGAGAAUGGAAAGUCAGUUGGAGGAGAUAAUGAUUCUGAUAAUGGAUGACAUGCCAAGGAAGCUUACAAAGGUCAGCUUUUCACAGGACACAUGAAAAUGAUAAGAUUACAUUCUAGUUCAACACUUAGAAAGUGCUGAUAUCAGCUACAUCAGAAAUUAUACCAGGCACAUUCACUUCGGUGAUGGACAACUUAAGCUAGACAGAUCUGUUCUUCAGAUUGCAGUUGAAGAUGCAAAAGAGGAUUUUGAAAAAUAUGAGAAGUGUAGAAUACUACACACCUCUCAAAGACUUCUGUGAAAUAUUGCACUGAACAUUUUAGAAGAGCUGAGUGUUGAAGAUCCCUGGUAUUACCCAAACUGCUAAGAAGCCACCAGGAAAAUGGGAUUUGAUCCCCGCAUCCAGUACUUGUUACAUCUCAAGUGAUUUUCUUAGAGUAGAUAUCAGAGACUCAAGUUGGAUACUUUUAGUUGGUUUUCCUAUCAAAAAUUUGGAUAUACUGAAUUCCUAUUAACCUAAAUACUGUAAUUUGAUUGGUUUCAACCACUGUGGAAGGGUAGGAAGGCACUAUUCUGCUUUUGCAAGAAAAAAUUGAAUGGUAUUAUUUUGAUGACUGUAGUGUCUCAUCUGCAUCUGAAGGCCAAAUUGUGUUGAAAGCAGUGUGUAUACUCUUCUACCAGAUAAGACCCAGAACUGGCUUUUCCCCUCCACGAGAAUUCCAUUUAGAGAGUGACAAAGAUAGUGGUGGUGGUGAUGAUAGAGAAUGAAACCUAUGCACACCAACUAAUCAAAGCCCUUGAAUAGAGAAGAGACUUUCCUGUUGGUGGCAUUUAUUGAAGCGAUGAAGUGAUACCACAUUAAAACAAGUUUGAGAUAGCAAAUAUUAAGUCCUUCAAGAGAUGUUAACUUGUGCAGUACUCAAAGUGAGACACAAUGAAAACAAUAGAAAUGUCUCUUAAUUCAUUUGUAGUCGAAUUACAAAUUAUACAUCCAUCAGAAUGUAAAAAGUUACAUUUAUGAAAGUUCAGAUACCUCAUUUAGAAAGGUCGAAAAGUACAUUAAAAGGUUGCCUAUAAAUAACAUUUUCUUUCUCUUAAUGCAUUGUAUCUUGUAUUUCUGACCAUAAAUAUCUGGUAACAUUCUGAAUGAGUUUUUUCAAUGAGCUCCAAGCCUCUUUCACUGUCCUCUAGUAUCCAGUCGGGGUGGUGGUUUCUGCAUGCCAGAUUGAAAAAAAGUUGGAAAGUAUGCUGCUGUGUGGUUGGUUGGCCUUUCUAGCUCCUUGUCACUGUUGAUUUUUGACCGGUCUCCUUUCUGGACACGUGCCUUUCCUUUGAAUAAACCAUUCUUCUCUAUGCUCCCAUGACAUUUGGUUGUACUGGUUCUUCUGUUAGAGCAUUUUGUUAGUGACCUGUGUAUACAUUUCAUCUCUCUGAGGCAUAGGGACCCAGUAUUUUCUUAACAUGUAGCAGCUAUUACCUAAAAAAAUCUGUUCCAUUAUUAUUGCCCCAAGGACCAUCCAGGGUUUAUAAAUUUCCUCCUAUUCAAUGAGUGGAUGUUCACAUGUGCCGCUGUGUAGAAUUUUUGUACAAUGUGGGAAAAAUGACAAUAUCAGUUACAGAAAAACCCCAAACAAUUCCUACCCCCUAAACACGGGAAACCAAUCUCCUACGUAGGAAGGAGGAUAGCUUAUCAAAGCUUUGGUGCCACCUUGGGGAUGUAUGUUGGAUUACAACUGAGUUUUGCCUUUGCCUUUAAUUUAUUCUCGGAGUGGUUUACUAGCAAAUAUUUAAGAUCUUGUGUCCAUAAUCCUUUGUAAUUGUUAUUUGUAAGAGCUUUUUGAUAUACACUUCAUGUAUCAUAGUACAUUCAUUUAAAAUGUAUGUAAAACAAUCCAGUGAUUUUUAAAAUCUCCAAUUACACAGCCAUCACAAUUUUAGAAAUUUUCAUCACCCUAAAAAGGUCCAUACCCUUUGGCUUUUGCUCCCAAUCCAUUCAUUUUGCCGUUUUCUGUCUUUAUAGAAUGGCCUACUUUGGAUAUUUCAUGUAAAUGGAAUGAUGUAAUGUACAUUUUGUGUCUGGCUGCUUUCCUCAUGCUCAGGGGUCAUCCAUGUGUGGCAUGUCUUAGGCGUAUUCGUAUUCCUUUUAUAACUGAAUUUGACAGUCCAUUUGAUGGGUAUGGCCUAAUCCAUUCAUCAGUUGAACACUUGGGUUACCACUUCUUCUUGGCUCUCAUGAACAAUGCUUGUGUACAAGAGUGAGUGGGUAUGUUUUCCUUUCCUUUUGUAAGAGUGGAUUUUCUGGGUCAAAUGGUAACUGUUUAACUUUUUGACGAAUUGCCAGACUGUUUUUCAAAGCGGCUCUGCCAUUUUAUAUUUUCAGCAAUAAAAUAAAGGUUCUGGUAUGACUGUAUUUUUGUAUACUUCAAGAAAACUUGUAAUGAUAAAAUGCUUUGGGCUCAGUAGUUUUCUUCAAUUUUUGUUAGAAAUUUAGAAAGUAUAGCAGUAUGUGCUCACCAUAGGAAAAAAAAAAUGCCAUUGAGGUUGAAAAUAACCCCCGAUCCAGAAACUUAUACAUUUCUAGAAUUUAUAUGUAUAUACAUACAUGUAUUUUAAGUUUUAGAAAAGGAUUUUACUACAUACAUUUUUCCAGGUCAGUAUCAGCAACAUCCUAUGAAUUUGUAUCCAUUAAUUAAAACACUGCCUACAUAAAUCAGGAAAAAGGCAUUACCUGGUCUGUAAGAUGUUUUCUUUUACUCUUUGUAUCCAGGUAGUGCUUGGAGUACACCUGGGUUCACAGUCCCUGCACUCUGCCGUUCACAGGCUGCUGGCUUAGCCUUUAGUCCUUUCUUACAUAAAAAGCUAAAUUAACUGUCAGCUUGGGUUAAUAAGAUGGAAUAAUUUGUUCAA